AUUUCGAAUUAUAUUCAAAAUAUUCUCAAACAUUAUCAUGUCCAUGUACAAAAAUCUCGAUAGAUUAUGGAAAUAUUCUUGAUAUAGAAUAUUCACUUCAUCAAAUAUGUCAAAGUGAUUUAAUAUCUGGAGAAUGGAUUCGUUAUUUAUUAUAUUAUUACGAACAAGUAAACGACAUUAUGUAUACCUUAGACUUUCGAGCAACAGCUGCACAAAGAUUCUUAGCAUUCAAAUCAUUUUGUCGAUUGAUUAACAACACAAUUUCUAAUGGUUUAGUUCAGUUCUAUCAAAAACAAUAUUUUGCUGUAUCCACGGUACCUUUGGAAAUACUGUACUCAGAAAUUCAAUCAACAAUCAACCAAUUCAAAACAUCAACAACAAAUAAUUUUUUAUUUAAUUUACAAAAAAUACGGCACACAACUAAUAUUAAUAGUCUACUUUCUGUACACCAGACGAAUUAUCGAAUAUCAUACAAUCUCAAAGAUGAAAAAAUGUUGUUUUACACUAGAAUAUACGACAAUUGCUCCUGUGAUGAAUCAACAGCAUGUGUGAUGGCAGCUUUCAUAUAUGAUUAUGAUACUGACGAAAAAAUAUUCUUGGUGCCAGGAAUGUAUGUUGGAUGUUAUAUUAUAGAUGCACUUCUUCAAUCAAAUUUACAAUGCUUUUAUAAUGAAACAUGUUUCAAUCAAAUAAAAUCGUAUUAUAAUUCAAAUCGAUCAAUUCAAAUAAAACCUCUCGAUGCAACCAUUCCUAGUAUUUAUUUUCAAAAUUCAUCAAUUCAAGAAAUUAUCAAUCAACUAAUGAUCGAACAAUGGAAUUCUACAAUAUUCUUUGAAAAGUAUUAUAAUCAGUGUCAACCAAUAGGAUGUACUUAUAAUUAUCAAUCAAGAAAUGAUGUGAUUUUUAUCAUUACAACAUUAGUUGGGUUAGUUGGUGGUAUAGUCACUGUCUUGCUAUUUAGUGUACCAAAGAUUGUGGAAUUCAUUCGAAAGCGAAAAAAUGGUAAGAAACAGACAAAAAGAGGUAGAAUAAUAAAGAAGAUGACUGAAAAGUUAAUAUCAAUUUCAUCGAAAUUAAUAGCACCUGAUGUUGAGAAAUGCAAUUCAUUUUACGAGAACUGA